AUGUCCCGCCUCAGGCUAAUGAGCAAAGCAGCCGGCGGCAGGGUGGCAGCGUCGUUCGCCUGCCGCCUGGUGGAUCCGAACCAAUCGGGACUAGGCGACUCCCCGGACCAAAUCUCCUCCGCCUCGUUCCACAGAUACGAUUUCCACGACGUCUACCUCGUCAGGCGAAGCGAGCUGGAAGUUCGCGCCGUCCUGCUCGGGGAACCGAAGAAUGCGGUGGCGUCGGACGCCGGCCCGCCCCCGAGCGUUCCGUCCUCCGACCUGCACAGGCAAUUCGGCGAGCUGCUGCGGAGCCAGAAGGGCGCGGACGUGACGUUCCACGUCUCCGGUGAGUCCGUCCCCGCGCACCGGUCCGUGCUCGCGACGAGGUCGCCCGUGUUCAUGGCCCAGCUGUACGGGCACACGAAGGAGGCGUCCACAUCCGCGCCGUGCAUGGAGGUCAAGGACAUGGAGGCGGAGGUGUUCAGGGCCAUGCUCCGCUUCAUCUACACCGACACGGCGCCGGAGCUGGAGCGGAGCGGGUGGCAGGUGACGGCGAUGGCGCAGCAUCUCCUGGAAACCAUGGACCGGUACGGGCUGGAGCGGCUCAAGAGGAUGUGCGAGGAGAAGGUGUCCAUGGACAUCAGCGUGAGCAACGUCACCACCACGCUGGCGCUGGCCGAGCAACACGGGUGCGCCAAGCUCAAGGCCAACUGCAUCGAGUUCAUCUUGGCUGCCCCCAAGAAUCUCUUUGCGCUCGCUGCGACGGAAGGGAAGGAGGAGAAAGAGGAGAUGAAGAGCUGA